AAUAAAAUUAAAUCCUUACGCUCUUUCUAAAAGGGAGCAUAUAUAUCAUUAGGCAAGGAGAGUUGAAACAAGUAGUGGAUAAAUUAAUUUUUCAGAAAUACACGAAACUUUGUUGAGCUACUGACAACAAAAAGCGGUCUUCAUUGUAUGUAGUGAUGUGAAAGCGGAGGAGUCAGUCCACGGGAAGGAAUUAUAUAUUUGGAAGAAAUUAAAGCCCUGGCGGGGAGAAGGACAGAGGGGACGACCAGGAAUUGGGCGUAUUGGAAGAGAGGCCUUUAAUUUUCUAAUCAAAGAGCAAACAGAGAGUGUGAGAGUCAGAGUUGGGGGUUGGGGCGGGGGGCAUUAUAUUGAAGAAUCUUGUGCAUAAAUCUGUGGGGGAAGAAGAAGAUCGGAGUGGAUGGAGGUAGGCUGGUGUUGGUGGGUCGGUGUGGUGGGGAUGAUGCUGAGCUGGAUGGCGUACAUGGUGUGCAGCGGCAGCGGGUGGGGGAAAUCGGAGAGGGUGAGGAGGAAGCUGCGAAUGCAGGGGAUCAGAGGCCCUCCUCCUUCCUUCCUCUACGGGAAUCUGCCUCUGAUGCAGAAACUUCAGUCUCAGGCCAAACCCGCCUCUCUCCCCGGCCCCCACCAUUCCCAUCUCUUCGUCGCCCACGACUACACCUCCAACCUCUUCCCUUACUUCGAGCACUGGCGGAAACAGUACGGUCUACUGUACACGUAUUCCACAGGGACGAAGCAGCAUCUUGUUGUGAACGACCCGGAGCUAGUGAGAGAGAUGAACCGGUGUCUCACUUUGGAUUUUGGAAAGCCCUCUGACGUCACCAACAGGCUCGCUCCCUUGCUCGGAAACGGCAUUUUAAGAGCCAAUGGUCUUAGUUGGGCCCACCAGAGGAAGCUUGUUUCAGCUGAGUUCUUCAUGAGCAAAGUUAAGGGUAUGGUGGGGCUCAUGAUAGAAUCAGCGCGGCCUAUGUUGUCACAAUGGGAGCAGUCAAUUAACGAGGUUGGAUCAUCAGGAGAAGUUGAGGUUGAAGUUCAAGCAGAUUUGAGGGGCUUCUCUGCUGACGUCAUUUCAAGGGUCUGUUUUGGCCAUUCCUAUUCCAAGGGAAAAGAAGUUUUCUCCAAGCUUAGAACCAUGCAAAAGGCAAUGUCCAAGCAAGGCGGCUUCCUUUUUGGCCUCUCUGGGCUUCCCUCUAAGGUCAAUUUGUGGAGAAGGAAGGAGAGCGAGAUGAGCAAAUUAGAGAGAGAGGUAGAGUCGCUGAUAUGGGAGUUAGUGGAGAAACGCAAGCGAGAAGGGCGAUCAGAGACAAGCUCACGUAAUGGGAAGGAUCUGAUGCAGUUGCUUCUGGAAGAAGCCAAGAGUGAUGAGAGUGUAGGUGAGGACUUGUCCAAGAAAUUCAUAGUGGAUAACUGCAAGAACAUCUACUUCGCUGGCCAUGAAACCACUGCCGUUGCCGCCUCUUGGAGCUUGAUGCUUCUUGCUUUACACCCUCAAUGGCAAUCUGCCAUCAGACAUGAGGUUGCUCACUUUUGCCCUAAUGGUAUCCCAACCGCAGAUUCUCUCCCCAACCUCAAGAAGAUGACAAUGGUGAUUCAAGAAGCUCUGCGAUUGUAUCCACCGGCAGCUUUUGUGUCAAGGGAGGCAUAUGAAGACAUUCAAAUAGGAAACCUGUUGGUUCCGAAAGGGGUUUGUGUGUGGACUCUGAUCCCAAGGUUGCACAGAGACCCUGAUAUAUGGGGACCGGAUGCUAAUGAGUUCAAGCCAGAAAGGUUCAGCGAUGGUGUCUCCAACGCUUGCAAGUUCCCACAAGCAUACGUGCCCUUCGGAGUGGGUAAUCGGUUGUGCUUGGGCAAGAACUUUGCUCUGGUCGAGUUGAAGGUUGUGCUCGCCCUCAUCGUCUCCCGUUUCAGCUUCUCUCUUUCAACUUCCUACAAGCACUGUCCAGCUUACAGAAUGAUUAUAGAGCCAGGAUAUGGUGUGCAUAUCCUCCUUCACAGGAUCUAACCUCCCAGUGCUGAUACGAGAAGAAGUCAGAAGCAAACACUCCUUGCGUUGCGAAAGGGGAUGAACGCGUGCAAGCCACUACCAAAGUUGAUUAAGGAAAAACCCAACUUGAUAACGGAAAGAAAUCUAUCGAUGGAGUUGGGCCAGAAGAACAAAGGGAUUCCAAAACGUGACAUUGUAAGAAACCAUAUUGUGGUUAGCGUCACCGUCAACUAAUUGGGUUGCAAGAAGAUUGUUAAGGAUAAUGUCAGCCCAAAUCAUCCCUCCCCUGCACUGAUCUCUUCCCCAGACUCGCCGGCACAGAGUAAAAGACGAAGGUUCGAUUUGACAGUGGAUGAAGGUUCGAUUGAAUGCUCCGUCUUGAGCCAUGGGAAUCCCAAUGACAGGUGAAUAUUGUUUGCAAGAGAGGCUAUAGGUUGUAAGCUACUUAGCUAAGCAUGAACGUGGAUCAUCCUUUGCCAUAGAAUGGAUUCCCCAUUUACCUUCAGGUCGUUCCAGUAUUUAUUGGAUGAAUAGGCAAUUAUUGUCUAGAUCACUUGUACUUUGUUUGGUACUGUUUUAGUUUUUAUCUUUCAAGGGCUCUCGCUUGCCUUUAUAAUAAUAAUAAUAAUAAUAAUAAUAAUAAUAAUAA